CAGCUGGAGCAGCUUCCCCUGGCACGGCCGCGGGCACCUCGCACCAUGGCAGAGCCUUCGCUGCCCCUCUCCUUCCUCUGCCUCCUCGCCCUCUCCUCCGCCUGCUACAUCCAGAACUGCCCCCGGGGCGGGAAGCGGGCGCUGGCCGACACCGCUCUGCGACAGUGCAUGCCCUGCGGCCCCGGCAACAGAGGGAACUGCUUCGGGCCCGGCAUCUGCUGCGGCGCGGAGCUGGGCUGUUACCUGGGCACGGCGGAGACGCGGCGCUGCGCGCAGGAGGAUCUGCUGCCCUCGCCGUGCCAGGCGGGCGGGCAGCCCUGCGGAGCCGGGGGCUCCUGCGCCGCGCCCGGCAUCUGCUGCACCGCCGAGACGUGCGCCGUGGACAGCGGCUGCCUGGACGAGGGCAGCGACGGCGCUCAGGAGGAGGCGGAGGAGAAGAACCUGACGGUGCUGGAUGGCUCGGCCGGAGAUCUGCUCCUCAAGCUCAUGCACUUGGCAAACCGGCAGCAGCAGCAGGGCAAGCACCCCCUGCUCUGAGCCAGGGCUUGGGGAGCCCCCCCUGCCCUGAGCGACCCUCCCCAGCCCGGUUCUGUACAUAGGAGACCCAAUAAAAGUCCUCGUGCACUGUG